UAACCAAUUAGAUAGCUCUAACAGUUUACAAUGUUGCAAUUGGUUGGUUGGGUUUUCGUACAGCGCUAAAAGUCCAUAUCAAAGAGCCAUGGCGGACGAUCACACCGAUGCAGAGCAAGGCGUGGAGGGGCACACACCAGUUGAACAUCAACAUCAGCACGCAGACUAUGGUCUCGGUGAAAAUGUCCAGAGAACUGUGGAAAACGAAAAAACCAACACAGACAAGGCUUCCAAACAAAAGGUGGACCUACAGUCGCUUCCCACACGUGCAUAUUUAGACCAGACGGUGGUGCCAAUCCUUCUACAGUCUCUCUCGGUUCUUGCCAAGGAAAGACCGCAAAAUCCUAUCGAGUUUUUAGCUGCGCAUCUUCUCAAGAACAAGUCACAAUAUGAAGAUCGAAAUUAGCAUCAGAGGAGCCGGGGCACACACAACUAAGAGGCUGUAUUAUGACAUUUUCUUUUUAAUUGCAUUUCUGUGUUGCACUGAUAUUUGUUGUGUUUUCUUAAAGUUGUUUCUGUUGAAGAUUUUUUUUCCAGCUUUUUGUUUUGUCAGCUUAAUAUUGGAUCAUCCAGAUGCGUACAUUUAAGGGAACUGUAUUGCUGAGAAAAUGUCAAUUUAAUUUACAACGAUUUUCAAAUGCAGCUGGUAUAAUGCGUCCUCGUGUAUUUCCAUUGCAUCACACGAUUUAACUUAAUUUACUCAUACAUUGACUAACAGCGCGGAUUCUGGAUGUGUAUGUGGGUAUAUGGGUUUCCACGCAAGACACGUAGCCCAGGGACUACAGAUGAAAAUAAGCCUCGCUGGCUAACUCUGGAAUGUUUACAGAAAUGCUGUUGGUGUGCAUUGUCCCUGUCAAAUAAACUAAGGAAUUAAAAUCAA